AUGAGGAGUGUGAGAAGGUGUAGCAUGCGUCGAGUGCAGGUGGGUGGAGCUUGCGGCUUCGGAAGUGCCACUGACUUCAGCUUUCACCUCGUCCACAGACACGUCCGUACAGCAUCAUUAUCUCCGUUCAACAUGGAAUUUCUCGCGCGUCCUGGCCUGAGGGCUACACGAGCACACAUUCUGCGCCAAAUGCGCCAGACGCGUCGGAACUUCACCAUCCCGCCAUUUCCACCACCACCUGCAGUCAAUGCCGCCCAACAGCAGUCUGCGGCUCCUCAGACUCCCCGCUCCGCCAUGCCCAUGCCCUUCGUCACCGACAUGACCAAUGGAGCCUGGCACACGUCCGACAUAUUCUCGCGACUCCUCAAAGAACGCAUCAUCUGCCUCAAUGGCGAAGUGGAAGAAACCAUCUCCGCCUCCAUCGUCGCCCAGCUCCUCUUCCUCGAAGCCGACAAUCCCUCAAAGCCCAUAAACCUCUACAUCAACUCGCCUGGUGGCAGUGUCACAGCAGGUCUCGCAAUCUACGACACAAUGCAAUACAUCCAAUCCCCGGUCACCACAAUCUGUCUCGGACAAGCUGCAAGCAUGGGCAGCUUACUACUAUGCGGAGGCGCAAAAGGAAGGAGAUACUGUUUACCGCACUCGCGUAUUAUGGUACAUCAGGUCAGCGGAGGAUACAGCGGGCAAGCUUCCGAUAUCGCGAUCCACGCAAAGGAAAUCCUGCGGGUGAGGGAGCAGUUGAAUAAGAUUUAUCAGGCGCAUCUCCCGAAGCACAAGUCGUUGGAGGAGAUUGCAAGCGUGAUGGAGAGAGAUUUCUUCAUGAGCGCGGAGGAGGCAAAGGAGUGGGGCAUUGUGGAUGAGGUGCUCGAUCGAAGGGCAAAGAAAGAGGAAGAGGCCAAAUGAAUGACAAGUGCUGGGACGUCAAAACGACCGGAACUUUGUGGUCCGCUUCGUACGCACCGAGGUAGGGAAACUUUUGAGCCAGACACUCACUGUGAAGCUUUGGUCGCAAAGCGAUAGCUAUCGAUCGCGCGAAGCGAUAGCGCCUGGUGCCAAAACCCUUCGCAAAAAAUUAUGGAGCAGGCCAGACUCGAACUGGCAUCCCUGAACCACGACGCGACUGGUAUGCUGCGGAUGACGCCUUCUAUCAGGUUCAAAACGCCAUUCGGUGUUUCUUACAAGACUGGAGGUCGCCACGCGACAACCACGAUCGGUGCAGGUUCGGUAUCUUACCAUUGGACCACAGCCCCU